GUUUUGCUUUGUAACCGUCUCCCCGCUGAUUUUGAAACGAUUUUGUUCAAACCUUGAGUGUGAACAGAAUUGUUUGUGAGCUCAGAGAUUUCUCAAAUUGUGUUAUAAUUCUUUUUUCUUUUCAUUCAUCGAUUUCACAGCUACUUGUUAUCAAGAUGCCUAAACUCAAAUCACACCGUCGAUCCGAAGCUGCACGCAGUAGAAUCCAAGCAGUUGUGGGUGGACGUGUAGGUACAAGAGACGUGUCCUGUGACUUUGUUCCACAGCGUGGUUCCGGUUUUCGCCACAAAGUGAACGAGUGGCCAGUGAGUGAAGUUACGAACAAAUUUCACAAGUUGGUCAUUCCAGACAAACCCCCUCGUGCAGAUGCAUAUUUUGUUCUUCUCAUUGGCGAUUCCCAUUUGAGAUCUUUUGCGGAUGGCAUUGUUCCGGUUUCAGAUAAACAUCUCGACUUUGGAAUCAUGUGUACUCCUGGUGCCAGUGCAGCUCAACUGCGCAGAGAGGUAUUACAUGCUGUAGUACCUCGGGAGCCUGAUGCUGUAUGUGUAAUGGCACCAUCGAACAACCUAACAACCAGCGUUGAGCCAGAAGAGGCAGGCCAUGAAUUUGAGAAAUAUCUGAUUGCGGUCUGCAGCCAAUGGCCUAAGUCUAAGAUAUUCUGUACUGGAAUGGUGCCCCGCUUAACAGAACCCAGUGACAAGCAAACUCUGUUUCAACACGAGUUUCAUCGGAGAUCCAGUAAGCUAGGGAUUCCUUGUUAUUCCAUAUCUGACAAGUUACCCCUAUCCCAUCUGGAUUUGUGGUGUCGUGAUGGCGUAAGUAUAUCCUCAUUUGACAUUUUACACUAUUACAUUUCUAUGUAAUGCUAAUUUUAUCUGU